CACCCAAACAGAGAAGCGCGUCUCACGAGCUCGCUGCUACACCGUCCCCCUGCUCGAAUGCAUAAAAGCGUUAGUGAUGGAUUUUAUCAUUGUUGUCCAACUCGUCAUUCUAAGUCUGACCCUCCCGGUGCAUUGUGGGAAAAUCCUGGUGUUUCCUCAUGAAGGCAGUCACUGGCUGAACCUGAACGUUUUGAUCGAGGAGCUUCACCAUAGGGGUCAUCAGAUCUCCGUGAUCCGGGCCCUCGACAGCUGGUACAUCCCAGAAACAUCACCUCAUUAUGACUCCAUAAACGUCCCGUUUUUACUAGGUGGAGAUGACGAGUUUUACCACAGUUUCAUAUUUAGACAGCUGCAGAUCAGGCGAGAACAGCGCUGGACCCGCUUCAAGCUGGACAUGGAGCUCAAGGAGAAGUUUUCAGAAAUGCACAGAAAGAUUUGUGAGAUGGUCAUCCAUAUUGUUGAGAAGGAACCUGAGAUAUUGAAACGGAUCAAAGAAGCCAACUUCGAUAUAAUGCUGACGGAUCCGGCGAACGGAGGAGGUGUGGUCCUCGCGCAUUAUUUACAUCUACCUUUGGUUUUUAACGUCCAGUGGACUGUGCAUGGAGAAGCGCAUUUCGCGAUAGCACCGUCUCCUCCGUCUUACGUUCCCUUCCCGCUUUCGCAGCUAACCGAUAGCAUGAGUUUCCCUCAGAGAAUAUAUAACGUGCUGUUUUCCACCGUUCGGCUUUUCCUUUACAGGCGAACAGUUGGUCCUCAUUAUAGUGCUUUGUGCAACCGAUUAUUCGGUCCGGAUUUGGACUACUUCGAACUAUUUCAGGCUGCCGAUAUUUGGCUUAUGAGAGCCGAUUUUGUUUUUGACUUUCCUCGGCCGACUAUGCCUAACGUCGUCUACAUUGGCGGAUUUCAUUGCAGCCCUGCUAAAGCACUCACGACUGAUCUGGAGGAUUUCCUACAAAGUUCUGGCGAGCACGGCGUCAUUGUUAUGUCCUUAGGAACAUUAGUUGCUCAACUUCCAAUGGAUAUCGCUGAUGAAAUAGUCGCUGCUUUUGCUGAACUUCCCCAAAAAGUAAUCUGGAGAUACACUGGAGACAAACCUGCUAAUGUCGGCAACAAUACACGACUGGUUAACUGGCUACCGCAGAAUGAUCUCCUAGGACAUCCCAAAACUAGAGUGUUUGUGUCUCACGGAGGAACCAACGGCGUUUUUGAAGCUAUCUAUCAUGGCGUUCCUAUAGUCGGCCUACCGCUUGUGUUUGAUCAGGAUUACAACCUAUUAAAAAUGAAGCAUAAAGGCGUGGCUAAAGUGUUAGAUAUCGCCACCAUAGACAGAAAUAUAUUCAAGGAUGCGUUACAAGAAGUGCUUAAUGAUCCAUCCUACAGGAAUAACAUGCAGAAACUGUCCAGUCUGCAUAAGGACACUCCAUUAAAGCCGUUAGACAGCGCCCUCUUCUGGACAGAGUUUGUCAUGAGACACAGAGGCGCAGCUCACCUGCGUACGGACUCCUAUAAAAUGCCCUGGUAUUCGUAUCAUAGUGUUGAUGUUGGAGCGUUCUUAGUGUCGAUUUUGUGUUUUAUAGUUUUUAUUAUGUUUAAAGUUGUUAAAUGUUUGUGUUGCAGGUUUUGUGCGAAAAGAAAUCGAGCAAAACAGGAUUAAGUGUAAAUGUUGUUGUGGAAAAGUGGAAGAGAGUUGCCUUUAGUGCCAAAGCUGCAUACUGAUUUGUAAAAGUGUGUGUGUGUGCGUGUGUGUGUGUGUAGGUCAAGAAUUAGAUGAAUUCUUGUCUGUAAACAUAUUUACAGAUGUUUUAUUUGUAUAGAAAUUACAAAUGUGCACUUUAAAAAAAGUAUUGCUGCCUUAAAAAAAAUAAUGUCCUUACACUAAAAUAUUUUAGUCAUCUCAACUUGCGUAAAUCAAAUUAGCUAAAAAAUAUUAAGUUAAACCAGUGUUUCCCAACCCUGUUCCUGGAGGCACACCAACAGUACAUAUUCUGGAUGUCUCCCUUUUCUGACCCAUUAACUUCAGGUGUUGGAGUCUCUUCUGAUGUUAUGAUGAGUUGAUUCAGGUGUGUUUGAUUGGGGAGAGGUUGAAAAUGUGGACUGUUGGUGUGCCUUCAGGAACAGGGUUGGGAAACACGGAGUUAAACUAUGUGUAUAACUUGGAAAAAUUAAGUUGAAACCUGAUUCAUUAAAUUUAAAAUAGUUAAAGUUGUAAAACAUGAACCAAAACAUUUAAUGUUGAUUAUUUUAUUAUUAUUAUUAUUAUUAUUAUUAUUAUUCAUUCAUUUUCUUUUUGGAUUAGUCCCUUUAUUAAUCAGAGUUCGCCACAGUGGAAUGAACCGCCAAUUUAUCCAGUAUAUGUUUUACGCUGCGGAUGCCCUUCCAGCUGCAACCCAGUACUGGGAAGCACUCAUACGUGUGUGUGCGUGUGAGUCUUUCUCACACACACACACACACACACACACACUAAUUUAGUUCAUCAGUUCACCUAUAGCACAUGUGUUUGAACUGUGGGGGAAACCGGAGGAAACCCACGCCAACACGGGAAGAACAUGCAAACUCCACACAGAAACACUAACUGACCCAGCCGGGGCCGAACCAGCGACCUUCUUGCUGUGAGGUGACAGCGCUACUCACUUCGCCACCGCUGUUGUUGUUGUUGUUGUUGUUAUUAUUAUUAUUAUUAUUGUUAUUAUUGUCAGUUGGCGUUUCUGUGUGGAGUUUGCAUGUUCUCCCUGUGUUGGCGUGUACACAUGUGGUAUAGGUGAAUUGGGUAGGCUAACUUGUUUGUAGUGUAUGAGUGUGUAUGGAUGUUUCCCAGUGGAAAGGGUAUCUGCUGCGUAAAACAUAUACUGGAUAAGUUGGCGGUUCAUUCCACUGUGGCAAACCCAGAUUAAAAAAUAGGGACUAAGCCGAAAAGAAAAAAUGAAUGAAUUAUUAUUAUUAUUAUUAUUAUUAUUAUUAUUAUGUUGUUGUUGUUUGAAAUUGUUGAAUGUUUGUUGCAGGUUUUGUGCAAAAAGAGUGGCAGUGCUGAGUUGCCUUUAGUGCCAGUGUUGCAAAUUGAUUUGUAAAAUUGUGUGUGUGUGUGUGUGUGUGUGUGUGUGUGUGUGUGUGUGUGUGUGUGUGUGUGUGUGUGUGUAGGUUAAAAAAUUAGAUGAAACAUUAAAUUUACAGAAGUUUUAUUUGUACAGAACUUAAAAGUGCACUGUAAAACUAAAUCUUGCUGCCUUUAAGUAGAAUGAAAUUAAGUCAUCUCAACUUGCAUCAGUCAAACUUGCUAAAAAUGUAAAGGUAAAAUUUGUAAAAAAUUGUAACUUGAAAAAUUAAGUUUGAAAACUUAAAAUAAAAACAUUUUUAAUCGA